ACAAUACGAUUCAGGUGAUAACGUCAUUUCAUCCAAAUAUGCCCCACAUUUGUAAGUUAAAUAAUGUUAUAAGUGAUAGCAUGAUCAGUUUGUUGGAAAAAACACCGAACAAACCAAGAAGAUAUCUUAAUACGACUUUGGUAUCUGAAACAAAUCCAUUUUCGGUGCAAUAUUUCAGAAGUCGAAAAGAAAUAAAAGCUGAAAAGAUGCGACAGCUAGAAAAAGGAUAUUGGUAUGUAAUUCAUCCUUUCAGUAAAUUUAUACAGAUUUACGAUUUUUGGCUUCUGUUGCUGUAUGGACUAAUAGUAAUUGUGAAACCUUUGGAUGCAUGUAUUCGAGAUGGAGGUAGUGCGCAUUGUCCGACGCCUAAAGAUUUCAAAUAUUUAGAUAGAACCGAAAUGUUCACAAUUCAUGCAAUAACUUCAACAACUGUUGAUUUAUUGAGUUGGAGCGAUAUCGUGGCACAAUUUUUUAUAGGUUUUCACAGUAUAAAAUCCAAUAAAAUCGUUCUUAAUCCAAGAAAGAUUGCAAUGAGAUACCUAUUCGGACCAUUCUUUGUUAUCGACUUUAUUGGAUCUAUUCCAAGGUUCUCGCUAAGAUUAUUCAUGGAUAACCCAUCGUUGUAUAUUUUGGGCAUACAAAAUAUUUUUUGUUUAGCUAAGGGAAUAAAAUUUUUUUCAUUUCUUGAUACAUUAUGGCGUGUGUACACCUAUACUGGUAUAAAAUCCAAUACCACAGCAAUAGCAAUUUAUUAUUUCGCAAUAUUUGGAUAUACUAUGCAUUAUGUAACAGUAUUACAUAUAUCGAUCGGACGUAUCACUGGAAUAUAUUUUCAAAUGGGUGAUUGCGAUAUGGUUCUUAGAUGGCAACAACGAUCUAUAGCUUCCGUAUAUUCAGAAUACAUAUUCAGAGCCUCAGCUUACUUCUUACAAGUUUCCCUUCCGCAAGAAUAUUAUCAAAAACUAAGUGUCGAUGAACAGGUACUGAUAUUACUAUCUUAUGGAAUUGGUAAAAUAUUCUUAAUUGUAAUGUGGACCAAUCUAGCAGUAAAUAUACUGGCAACUAGAAUGGUCACAAUACGUUACCAUAGGUUUAUGACUCAAGUUGAAGACUUUUUGCAGCAAAAGAAAAUUCCGUAUCAGAUAAAAAGUAAAAUUAUCAACUAUUACCAUUACAAAUACCAAGGAAAAUACUUUCAGGAUGAAUUUUUGACUUUUUUAAUGUCAAGCCGUCUUAGACAAGAGGUUAAAAUGUGGACUUGUAGAUCAUUAAUUUUAGCUAUACCAGUAUUCCAAGAGCUUUCUUCGGAUGAAAUGAAUGAAAUAGCACGUGUUCUUAUACCAGAAAUUAUUCUUGCGGCAGAUUUAGUUUUUAAUUCCGGAAAUAUUGCAGAAUAUUUAUACUUCAUAUAUAGUGGAACAGUUGCGAUAUACACUUUUUCUGGUAUAGAAUUGUGUCACUUGGAAGAUGGUGCUUAUUUUGGAGAGAUUUCUUUUGUUUUGAAAAAAGAUACUAGACCAUUCUCGGUAAUUGCUGUAGAAACUUGUCAACUAUAUAAAAUUCACAAAAAAGAUGUGGAGAAAAUAUUUUCAAGACACAAAAACAUUCAUGAAACCAUGAUAAAACAAGCCAAGUUAACCGUAAGAGCGGCUAGAAUAUUGGAAAAACAGUACAAAACAUCAAAACGCAAAAGAUAUCCAUCAUCAACUUCUAAUUUAACUGAACCGUGAUUUUCAAUUGUUUGUUGUAUUUCUUUUUUAUUUUACAUUAUAUUAUUAAUAAUAGAA